UAUCUCAGAGGCCCCUCCUAUCCUCUGCCUGCUCUUAUAGGGGCUCUCCUGUAACGUGCACUUUCAGUAUUUUAGAGACGCUUGUACAAAGACAACCUCCAAAGCAUCGACAUCAACAAAGCAACAAAAUGAGUGCCAUGGAAUCAAAAGUGAUUGAAGAUCUUAAAAACGCCCUGGAAAAUGUUGACUUGGUCUCAGCUGUGUCAAUAAUCAACAUCAAGUAUUUGGAAGAUACAAAUACAAUUCCACUGAAUAUUGCUAUCACAGGAGAGAGCGGAGUUGGAAAGUCCGCAUUUGUUAAUGCCUUCAGGGGAAUAGACAACGCAGAUGAGAGAGCGGCCCCUACUGGUGUGGAAACGACCAAGCCUGAGUCUUACCCACAUCCUAUAUACCCAAAUGUUACAUUAUGGGAUCUACCGGGAGUAGGAACCUCCAAAUUCCCAGCUGAUCAGUACCUGAAGCACUCUUGGUUUGAAAAUGUAGAUUUUUUUAUCAUUGUAUCAGCUGGUCGCUUCAGAGAGAAUGAUGCCAGGCUUGCUCAGGAGAUCAAGAAAAUGGACAAGAAUUUCUACUUUGUCCGCUCUAAGAUUGAUAACAAUCUAAGUGAUGCAAAACGGAGCCAGAGGGAGUACGAUGAAGAAAAGACACUACAGAAAAUCAGGGAAAACUGCAUUCAAGGACUUGAAGAACAAGGUGUGGCGUUUCCUCAGGUCUUCCUGGUGUCUAGUUUUGAUCUCCAUUUGUACGACUUCCCUGCCCUCCAGGAGACCAUGGAGAGAGAGCUUCCUUCACACAAAAGUGAUGUUCUGACCUUGGCCCUUCCCAAAUUCUGCAAAGGCAUCAUUAACAAGAAGAAAGAGGUCUUCCGUUCACAAAUAAAGUACUAUGCUUUAAUGUCUGCACUUGUAGCAGCUUUACCUAUCCCAGGGCUUUCCAUUGCUGCUGAUUUAGGCGUUCUGGUCGGUGUUGUUGGAAGCUAUUUGUUCGGGUUUGGUCUCAAUAAAAAGUCGAUGGGGAAACCCUCAAGUGCCAAGCUUCUGGAGAAUCUAAGGACAGUGAUGAAGUAUCUUUAUUCUGGAAAUGAUUUAACUAAGAAGCUUGUGGUUUUAAUGCUGCGUUCUCUACCACUUGUUAUGUUGUGUGAGGCAGCAGAGGAAGGUUCCACAUGGAUUCCCUGUCUUGGAAUCCCAAUUUCCUUCACUUUCAUUUACACAUUUUUGAGUUCUGCUCUUGACAGCCUAUUUGUUGACACAGAAAAUGUCCGGAUGAAGGCAUUUGAAAUGAAUUAAUGUCAGGUAAUAAAUUAUCCUUUAGCAAUGUAGAACAAUGAACCUUUAAACUGAAUAAUGUGUAAUAUGCAAAGGGGAAAAAAAAGGUAACUCAAUAGUAAAUCAUAUAAAGUGUGUUUGUUAAUGUCUUCCAAGUUGAUCUUCAUUACUGGUAAAACAUGAUGUUGGGAUAAUGAUUGGUUAAAUAUUUGUUUUGAUUGGCAUGCUAUGUCCAGGCCUAUAUUAUCCUAUACAUAUACAGGAUAUAACCUGAACUAACGGUCACUAAUAGAGAGUGGUGGAGAGUGAACACAUUUUUUGAUAUUUUACCUAACAGAUUACAGCUUUACACCGAUUAAUGAAACCGUAAUGCAUGUCAGCAUUACAGUAACACCAUUUUUUUGUCUUUCUUUUUCAUCCCAUCAAGACAUCCUCUGAUCGUUAAGUUGAAACGAAAUGUUGCAUAGGCUUUUGGUUUUUGGUUCAAUUGUAAUUCCCUAAGCAAAUGAAUGGACAGGUAAUUUUCUUUGGUUCAUUGGGGGCAACUGUGGCCGCUCGCUAGUCCCGUGUAGGGAUAGCCUGUGUGUAUUUGCUAAACACAUCCGUUAUAACCAGCACAUUUUCAACCCCAUUCUGUGCUGGCUCCAACUUGGUGAAUUGGUUAAUUUUGGAUCUUUUUUUUUAAUACCAUAACAUCAUCAUCACAACUAAAAUUAAAUGAAGGUUUGGUGAUUUUCCAUU